AUGCCAGAACGGGAGGAGUCCGCUCGCUCGCUCGCUCAAAGCCCUGCAACUCAAAAGGCCAGGCGUGGCGCGCUGUCCCGUCCCUCCCUUUGGGGUCGCGACGCCUUCCGGGGGAAGCGCCAAAGAUACCACGGUCAAAGAACUCGGGGUUUCCUAGUGAGCCGCCUCGCCCGUGCCUGCCUUAUCUGUGCCCUUUGUCCGGGUCUCGCCGCCGAGGAGUCACUCAGCACCAUGAACAGCUCCGAGGCAGUCUUCUUCGCGGGCGGCGGCGCAGAGAGUCCCGUGGCGCUCCUCCCGUGGUUCCUGGCCGGGGUCUGCCUGGUGAGCUUGGCCGGGAACCUCCUCCUGCUGGUGGUCCUCGUCCACCAGCUCCGGCGAGGGGCCACCUGCGCCGCCAACGCCUUGGUCCUCAACCUCUGCUCAGCGGACCUGCUCCUGGGCGUCUACUGCCUCCCCACUCGCAUCAUCGCCUACUCCCGGCGCUCCUGGGUCCUGGACGGCUUCGUCUGCAAGACGGCGGACUGGCUCCUGCACGGCUGCUUGGUGGCCAAGAGCCUCACCUGGGCGGCGGUGGGGCACGCCCGGCGCAAGCAGGUGGCUUCCUCCUCCUCCUCCUCUCCCCAGUGCCUGAGCUUGAGCUGGCCGCGCCUGGCGGGACUCCUGGCGGCGGCGUGGCUGGCGGCCUUGCUGCUGCCCCUCCCGCACCUGCUCUUCGCCCGCCUGGAGGUCGGCGGCGCCGGGAGCGAGCUCCUCUCCUGCGUCUUCCGGAGCCCGCCCUACGCUUCCAACUUCAUGGCCGUUUUCAGCAAGGUCUACCCUCUGGUCGCCUGCCUGGCGCCCGCGGGCUUCGCCGGCUCCUGCUACUGGAGGUCCCUGCGGGGCCAGAGAGGGCGAAGGAACCGCCUGGCCAGGCCCAGCAGUCCCCAAAGCAAGAGGGCGACCUGGGUGCUGCUGGGCCUCACCCUCCUCUUCCAGGCCACGUGGCUGCCCGAGUGGGUGGUGUGGCUGUGGGAGAGGCACAGCCAAGGGAGCCCCUGGCCUCCGCCUGCCUUGGUCUUCGCCGCCGAGGCGCUGGUCUUCCUCGACGGCUCCCUCAGCCCCGCCGUCUUCCUGGCCGCCUCGGGGGACCUUCGCGACGGGUUGAGGAGCCUCUGGAAGAAGCUCAGCUGCAGCGAGGGCGGCGUGGAAGAAGAAGGAGCCGGGCGGCCCGCGGGGGCGAAGCCCGGCGGGGAGGUGCAAGAGGACCGGGACGGGGCGGCGGCGGCGGUGGAGAAAGUUCUGCCUGACGUGGAGCACUUUUGGAAGGACCGGCGGAACACCAGCGCCGGGGAGGAGAGCGACCCGAUCCCCUGGGAACAUCAGAGUGAGCCCUGA